GGGAAGAGGAACAAGCCAGGAGUAGAAACAGCCGACACUCCAGACUCUGCACGUGGGCGAGGGGAGAAGAAAGCCAUCAAUGAUCUAGACAGAGACUUUUGGAAUAACAAUGACAGCAGCACAGUGCAGCAGAGGUGGAGCUCCUAUCCGCCCAAGGAGUUCGUACUUAACAUUUCUCCCUAUGCCCCAUAUGGAGAUCCUCGCCUCACACUCAAUGGGGCAGUGUCAGGGAGUCAGAAGGGGGCAGCAACUGGGCAUGGGGAUGCUGGGGGGGGUCCUUAUCGCAGUGACAGCGUGAAGAGCAUGGUGUCAGAGGGAGUGAAGGCCGGGAAGUGGCAGACCGUCCAGGGCCACAUGCAGUCUGGAGCACUGAGACCCAACAAAAAUGCGGAGAACCGGGCCAAGUUCAGCGGGGAGGGGAGGGCAGUGCGCGGUUUAGGUGAGAAGGUGAGCGUGCGGGCGCAGAUCAAGGUGUUAGCACUGGGGAAAUGUGAGCUCUCAUCAGGGAGGCCUGGAAGCAGCAAAACCACAACUCACACGCCUGGCCGUGGUCACGUGGCACAGAAGCGCUCCACGCCCGUGCGGACGGUGAACAUCCGGCCGCUGCCACUGCGGAACACACCCGCAUGCAAACAGCACGCUCAGACCGCACACCUACGCAGGGGGCACUCGCGUCUGGCGCAGGCGCACAAGACCGGCUCCCAGUCGCCACACUGCUGCUCCACGCAGGCCCACCAGCCCAGCACAGCACACAGCGCCCACCACGCAGGCUGCACCUUGUACUGCUACUUCUGUUACUGCUGUUACUGCUGCUGCCUCACCUUACUCUCUCUCUCUCUCCUCCUCCUCCUCUCUCAACCUCCCAACGCCUCUCCCUCCACCCCCUCCUCCACUUUGACCCCAAAUACCUGCAUCCCCACCUCUUCUCCCAUCCCACAAUCGCCAACUUCCCGUUCGGAUGACCUUUCCUGUCUCCAUUCCGCCGACGCCAACUUGACUUCGUCGCCUCGGCCUCCCGACUGCCCCGUGCCACCUUGUCUGAUCCCUGAUGAUUCUUUACCUCUCUUCUUCACCUCACCCACUGACCAACCCACCCCCUCCUGCCAUGGCUCUUCCUCCAUUCCUGCCUCCUCCUCUUCUACCUCUGACUCUGUUGCUUCUCCUCAUAAUCCGAUUGUGUGCCGGCCAUGGCCCUCUACACGCUCUCUUUCCUCACUGCUACUCUGCCCUCCCAGCUUUGGGGAUCCGGUCUUAUCCUACACCUCCACUCUGGAGCACAUCCCCUCCGGCCCCGCCCGGCCUCGGACACUGCUGCGCCAGCAGAGUCUCCAGCAGCCUCUCAUCCACCCCUCUGGCCCGGGCCUGUGCCACCCCCCCACCACAUCCCAGAGCCUGGGACAAUUACACACAGCGCCCGGACAGCCCGCGGGAGGUGGGGGCGCUGGGAGAGCAGAGGGAGGUGGCAGCAGUAGUGAGGGUGGGGCCGCAGGUGCACGAGCGGGCCCCCGGGGUGCACGAGGGGGCCCGGCAGGAGCAGGGGCCUCUCGCUAUAGGGGAGGUGGAGCAGCGGGGUGCCCGCGGGCCAGUCCCGGCAGCUGGGAUUACAUGAUGGACCAGAUCAAGAAUCGUGGCCUGGAUGUCAAAUCCUUUCUUGAAGGGAAGCUGGUGGUCCUCGCUUUGGCCAUUGGUGUGGCAGAGCAAGAUGACUUUGCCAAUAUCCCUGACCUGCAGGAAACAGCGCAGGCAGCAGCACCAACCAAUCAGGAGCCCCCUCCUGAGAAGAGGGGGAACAAGCCAGCAAACAGCCCAAAGGGCCAGCCCCCAGAUGCUGAUGGCCACUCCUCUGUGACUGACCUGGCCAACUCUCUCACCGGAGACAUGGUGAUGCUGUCUCCAGGUUCAGAGGAUGAUGAUGGUGAAGGACCAAUCAGUGAAAAACUGGGCCGCAUUCAGUUCAGCAUAGGCUACAGCUUCCAGAACACAACCCUCACCGUCAAAGUUCUCAAAGGCCAGGAGCUCCCGGCCAAGGACUUCUCCGGAACCUCAGAUCCUUUCGUCAAAAUAUACCUGUUGCCUGACAAGAAGCACAAGCUGGAGACCAAGGUCAAGAGGAAGAAUCUCAACCCCCACUGGAACGAAACCUUCCUCUUCGAGGGCUUCCCUUAUGAGAAGGUGAGAGAGCGCACUCUCUACCUCCAGGUGUUGGACUAUGACCGCUUUAGCAGGAAUGACCCCAUUGGAGAAGUGUCAAUUCCCCUGAAUAAGGUGGAACUGGGCCAGAUGAAGACCUUCUGGAAGGAACUCAAACCCUGCAGUGAUGGCAGUGGGAGACGAGGAGACCUGCUGGUGUCUCUGUGCUAUAAUCCCACUGCUAACACCAUCACUGUGAACAUCAUCAAAGCGCGCAAUCUUAAAGCCAUGGAUAUCGGAGGGACCUCAGAUCCCUAUGUGAAGGUGUGGCUCAUGCACAAGGACAAGCGCGUGGAGAAGAAGAAGACAGUAGUGAUGAAACGCUGUCUGAACCCUGUUUUCAAUGAGUCCUUCCCCUUCGACGUUCCUGCCCAUGUGUUGAGGGAGACAACCAUCAUCAUCACCGUCAUGGACAAGGACAGGCUCAGCCGCAACGAUGUUAUUGGCAAGAUCUAUCUAUCGUGGAAGAGUGGACCAGCAGAAGUGAAGCACUGGAAGGACAUGCUCGCUCGGCCGCGUACUAACGUUGCCCAGUGGCACGCUCUCAAGGCCUGAUUGCACCGCCCCAGCUUCUUCCAUGGCCUCCUUCCCUUCUCCUAUUACCCUUCCUCCCUCCCCUCCUCCCCCUCCCGUCCUUAUGCACAAGACUGACUUGCUGCCAGGCUGCGAAACACGGGUACAAUUAGCCAUCUGCUCUCUUAAACCUUUAAACUAUUUUUCUCUUUUGUUUUGAAAUCUCAAUUUCCUCUCCCGCUCCUCUCUUCUGUUUCCUCCUCUUGCACUGUUGUUUUCUAAUUUCUGCUUCUCGCCACUUUGCCAAUGGUCCCCCUGUUUCUGACUGUCUGUAUGUCUGUCUGUCCUUAUGCACUUUGCCUGUGGAGGUCUGAUAAUAUUUUUUUUUGUCGAUCCCUUAGUUCUGAACUGCACUGCAGCCCUGACCCAUUCAAGCUGCCAGUCCCAUGGGAUCACAAAACCUUCACCAAUGGUCUAAACUCAUUCAAUCCUAUUGUGUGAAUACUCCACACACACAAUGUUAUACAGUAUGUACUAUAUGUACAUAUACAUGUUGGUAUAUUAUACAAAUAGAUUGGCAGAACUUCCCCUUGACACAUACCUAGAAAACAAUGUGUUGUCCAUUAUCUGUCCACUGUUUUACCCCUCCUCUGUCUCUUCGCUUGUCCACUGAUCCUUCUCAUCUGUCUCGAGUGUUCUAUAGUUUCUCUAAUCUCAGCCUUUUCUUCCUUACUCGAGACUAGUUUAGUGUUCAGUGGAAAACAUAGUUUUUCUUUAAUCCAGCUGAACACAAGAUGAAACUGUUGAAACUGUAUUUUCUUCUCUCCAUCCAAUUAUUCACUCUGUAUUCUCUUUUUCCCCUGUUUUUUUCUCUAGCUACCAUCCCUUACUCUACUUCUGGCACAAUAUUAGUAAAUAAACACCUCCCUCCAACCCCCUAACCCACCCCU